CUCAAGUCUUUCUACCCCUCCUUUCUCCCCCUAAACUUUGGCCGGCCGCCGGGCGACACCACGAGUUAGUUAUUUCCCAGCUAUUUCCCGGUCCGGGAGCUCUUGGCCCCCGAACAACUGGUUUCCUCUUGGAGUCUGGGAGGAGAAGAGCGGAGCCGGCAGGCAGCGAACCAGGACUGAGGUGACGGCAGGGCAGGGGGCGCCUCGCCCGGGAGAGGCGCAGGGGCUGGAGCACCACCGACUGGAGGGUCCGGAGUAGCGAGCGCCCCGAAGGAGGCCAUCGGGGAGCCGGGAGGGGGGACCGCGAGAGGACCCUGGCGUUCGGGCUCCCGGUGCCAGCGCUAUGAGGCCGCUCCUUGUCCUGCUGCUCCUGGACCUGGCGGCCGGCUCGCCCCCACUGGACGACAACAAGAUCCCCAGCCUGUGCCCGGGGCACCCCGGCCUUCCAGGCACGCCGGGCCACCACGGCAGCCAGGGCUUGCCGGGCCGCGAUGGCCGCGACGGCCGCGACGGCGCGCCCGGGGCUCCGGGAGAGAAAGGCGAGGGCGGGAGGCCGGGACUGCCGGGACCUCGAGGGGAGCCCGGGCCGCGAGGAGAGGCGGGACCCGCGGGACCCACCGGGCCUGCAGGGGAGUGCUCUGUGCCUCCGCGAUCCGCCUUCAGCGCCAAGCGCUCCGAGAGCCGGCUGCCUCCGCCGUCUGAUGCUCCCCUGCCCUUCGACCGCGUGCUGGUGAACGAGCAGGGACAUUACGACGCCGUCACCGGCAAGUUCACCUGCCAGGUGCCUGGGGUCUACUACUUCGCCGUCCAUGCCACUGUCUACCGGGCCAGCCUGCAGUUUGAUCUGGUGAAGAACGGCGAAUCCAUUGCCUCUUUCUUCCAGUUUUUCGGGGGUUGGCCCAAGCCAGCCUCGCUCUCGGGGGGCGCCAUGGUGAGGCUGGAGCCCGAGGACCAAGUGUGGGUGCAGGUGGGUGUGGGUGACUACAUUGGCAUCUAUGCCAGCAUCAAGACAGACAGCACCUUCUCCGGAUUUCUGGUGUACUCUGACUGGCACAGCUCCCCAGUCUUUGCUUAAUGCCACUGCAAAGUGGGCUCACGCUCACUCCUAGGAGGAGGGUGUGACGCUGACAACCAGGUCAUCCAGGAGGGCUGGCCCCCUGGAAUAUUGUGAAUGACUAGGGAGGUGGGGUAGGGGCCUCUCCGUCCUGCCGCUGCCAAGGAAUGGGGACAGUGGCUGUCUGCAAUCAGGUAUGGCAGCAUGGGGCAGUGACUGGAUUUCUGCCCAAGACCAGAGGAGUGUGCUGUGCUGGCAAGUGUGAGUCCCCCAGUUGCUCUGGCCCAGGAGCCCAUGGUGGGGUGCUCUCUUCCUGGUCCUCUGCUUCUCUGGAUCCUCCUCACCCCCUCCUGCGCAUGGGGCCGGCCCUUUACUCAGAGAUCACUCAAUAAAUCUAAGAACACUC